AUGCCCUUUGUUGGAGAAGCCCUUGCAUCUGCUUCACUUGAGCUGCCACUUGAGAAGUUGGCAUCCACAGAGCUGCACAAGUUUGCAUGCCAAGAGCAGAUUCACACUGCCCUUAAGUGGGUGAAUGAAUUGCAAAAAAUUCAUGCUGUGCUCAAUGAUGCAGAGGAAAAGCAGACAAUGAACCAGCUUGUGAAAAUCUGGCUUGGGAAGCUCAAAGACUCUUGUGAUGUGGAGGACAUCUUGGAUGAGUUUGCCACUGAGGCUAUGCAGUGCAAGCUGUUGGCACAAAAUAAAGCCAGCACAAAUAAGGUGUGGGCUUUCAUUCCCCGGUGCUGCACUGCUUUAAACCCAAUGACCAUUAGGUUCAAGGUGGGGUCCAAAAUAAAGGAGAUCAAUGGUAGAUUGCAAGAUAUUGUGACCCAAAAAGAUCAUUUGGAGUUGUUCGGAUCUGGUGGAGAAGAAUCCAAUUACAGAGGUGAUAAGAAGGCAAUUCUCGAUUUGGUGCUGAGAGUGGAGGCAUCUUAUCACAGAGUUCAUGUUAUUCCCAUUGUCUGUAUGAGAGAAUUUGAUGGUAUCAAAGUAACUGCUUCAAUUUUACAAGCAGUCUGUUCAGAAACAAGACAAGAUGUCAAGGAUCUAAAUUUGCUUCAAGUGAAGCUGGAAGAGAAAUUGUCAGGCAAGGAAUUUCUUAUCAUUUUGGAUGAUGUCUGGAAUGAGAGUUAUGAUGAAUGGGAGCUCUUAUGCGUCCUUUUGGAGCUGGAUAACGGAGAAGUAGCAGUAUUGAAGAAUAAGAUCUGGGACUUACCUGGAGAGAGAAGCGGCAUUCUUCCGGCUUUGAGAUUGAGCUACUAUCAUCUUCCUUCCUAUUUGAAGCAGUGCUUUGCUUACUGCUCAGUAUUCCCAAAAGAUUAUGAGUUUGAUAAGGAUGAGCUAGUUUUGCUAUGGAUAGCUGAGAGCUUUUUGCCCCAACUGAGAGACAGUGCAAAAGCUAGGAAGGCCACGAAUGGAAGACCUGGCCUCAUUAAUGAUCUUGCUAAAUCGGUCAUUGGAGAACUAUGCUUCCAUUUGGAUGAUAAUCUGGAGAAAAAUGGGCAGUGUGCCAUUCCUGAGAAGACUUGGCAUUCAUCUUUCAUCUUUCAUCUUUCAUGCCUCACAGACACGAGUGACUUCUCUGUGCAAUCUGCAGACGUUGAUAUUGCAUGGGAAAUGCCUUUGGGAGUAGGAAGUUUGAGAAACUUGCAAAAGUUAUCCAACUUUGUUGUGCACCAAGGUAGCGGAAGGUUGAAUAUAAGGAAGUUGAGUGACUUUCUGUUUCUGCAUGGUGAACUUGCCAUUUCAGGGUUACACGAUGUUGUUGAUAUUGAGGAUGCAUGGGCUGCAAAUUUGAAAGAUAAGGAGGACAUUGAUGGGCUGAAGAUGGAAUGGACCAACAAGUUUUAUGAUUCACGAAAAGAAAGAAAUGAAAUGCGGGUCAUUGAAUCAAUAUGA